CACGACGGUCCCGCUGGGGUCACACCAGAUACAGCGAAAUUGCUUUGCUCGUUUUUUGCUACACUUUUUAUCAUUUCAUUGGAUAAAAACAAACAGUCAGGAGAUCGCAAACUAAACUUUAAAAUCACUAGACACCAGCAGGCGACAAAAAAUGGCAAUUGCCGAGCACGACAACGUCUUUAUCUUUGUGCCAAAUUUGAUCGGCUAUGCCCGCAUCGUUUUGGCAUUGAUCGCCUUCUGGUUCAUGUCCACCAACUAUGUGAUCUCUGGCUGGUGUUAUGUAACUUCUGCCCUGCUGGACGCCGUCGAUGGACAUGCCGCCCGGGCUUUUAACCAAAGCACUCGUUUUGGCGCCAUGCUGGACCAGUUGACCGAUCGCUGCGGCACCACCGGAUUGCUCGUUACCCUGGCCUACUUCUAUCCGCAGUACAUGUUCUGGUUCCAGCUGUCCAUCGCCAUUGACGUGGCCUGUCACUGGCUCUUCAUGCAGACGAGCGUUGUGGUUGGCCGCAGCUCGCACAAGGUGAACGAAAACUUUGUGAUGCGUCUGUAUUACCAGAAGGACAUUCUCACAUUCAUGUGCUGCGUCAACGAGUUGUUCUACGUGUGCUUGUACCUUUUGCAUUUCACUUACGGCCCACUGAUAUUUGGAGCUUCGCUCUUCAAGAUACUCGCCUUCCUCACGGGUCCCUUUGCCGUGCUCAAGGCUUUGAUCUCGGUAAUGCACGCCUAUGUGGCGGGCAUCGACUUGGCUGCCGUUGAUGUGCGCGAACGACAGGAGAAGCGUCAGAAAUCCGAACCGGUGGUCGGCAAGAAAUUGGAGUAAAUCUAGUCCCGACCAGCGUCUUCCAGCGCUAGUUCUCACAAAAAACAAAGUACUAAAGCGAAACACAACUCUUGAUUCCAAGCAAACUAAAAACAUGAAAAGAUAAAAGCGAUCAGAUGAAAUAUGGGGCAUUAGGCAUACCAAAUAGGCCGUAGUAGAAUUUAAAUUAUUUUUAUGCGCUAUUGCAAGAUUGUUGAUUUUAUUUUGUAUUUUUUAGUUAGACGGGUGUGUGCGACAAGGUCACCCGACAAAUUGUAUUUAAAUGAUUUUUGAAUUGAAAUUGAAAUUCAAGCGAUUCGUUCCAGUCAGUAGGUGUUGCAUAUUUAUUUUGCCUUUAGUUAACGUAAUUUACAAUUUCGGUGACGCUUACACCCCAUAUAUAUGUAUACACAUAGAUAUAUAUAUAUAUAUAUAUAUAUAUGAAUGAGUGUCUAUUUCCAGGAGUUAUAUCUUAUUGUGUACAAUUUCGGUUCGACUAACGACCUCCUCCCCAGUAAAUCUCUCAAUGUAACUAAUGUAUUUCUAAUCGUAAGUUAAAAGAAUGUAAUUGGAGACCUGCAAGAAAUAUAUGAAAAGUGGAUGUUA